AACAAUGGGCAACCAAAUGAGCGUCCCACUGCGAACUGAAGAGCAGGAGAAUGACCUGGAAGCAGACUCUUACAAGGUGGUGUCAGACAACGAGUGUGUUCAGAAUGGGAACCCAGUGAUGGUGUCUACUCAUGUGAUUCAGCACUACGAAGAAGUUGAUUUGGGCAUAAGCAUCUCGAGGGAUAAUGUGGCUACUUCUUCCCCCAAGACAAUGGAGGCCCAUGCCGUGGCCGAUGCCAGCGGAAAGAAUCUUGGGAAAGAAGCCAAGCCCGAGGCACCAGCUGCUAGAUCGCGUUUUUUCUUGACACUCUCUCGGCCUGUACCAGGACGUCCCGGGGACCAAGGCACGGAUUCAUCGGCUGCUUCGGGGAGGCUUGAUGUCAGCCCCGGCACAGCGCCUGUGAACAAAGACCCAAGUGAGCACAGGGCACUUCCGAUGGCAGCUGCACCAGGGCCGGCUGCUGAUAAAACCCCAGGGUGCACGGAGGCCAAGCAGCAGGCCCUCCCCGCCACCUGCCUGCCAGCACCUUCACCACCUGAGUCCCGGGCAGAAGCCCCCUCCAGGCCUAAGGAUUUCAGCUUUUUGAACAGAUUCUUUAAGCUGGACAGGGGAAGAGAGAGUGCGCCCGUGGAAAGACAGCCUGAAGAAGCCAAAGGGGUAGAAGACCGAGUUCAGGCCACAGAGGCUCCUGCUGUCCCAGGGAAUUCCCAGGCUGUCCCCGCAGGGGAGGACAUAGUCGACAGCAAGGAGAGAGGACAAGAAAUUGACACCGUGCGUUAUUCUGUCCCUGGAGAUCCAGAGGUGCUGGGGCCCGUGAAGGAGGACCCCCAGGUGGUAGAUACCACAGAGAAUAAUAGCCCCAUUAUGAGCUUCUUCAAGACCCUAGUUUCGCCUAACAAAACUGAAACAAAAAAGGAUCCAGAAAACACGAAGGCAGCCAAGGCAGACAGUGUCUGUGAUGGACACGUUGGCCCGAAGAUGGAGACGCAGGCUAAGAGCAAGAAGAAACGCCUGGACAGCCCCAGGCUAGGACUCACCUUUAGAAAGUUCUUUAGGCAUAAGGAUACUGAAAAUUCACCCGCUACUUCGGCCAAUGUCAAGUCAGACAAAGUCAGCUUCGCGCCCCAGGAGACCCAAGGGGCGAGCAAGAGUUCAAAAGGCUGCAGCCCACCGGGUCAUGUGCCGCCUGCCAAGGCCAGUGACACAACAAAGGAAGGCGGCAAGGAGAAGUCCGGGCCCACUUCCUCCCCUCUGGGAAAACUGUUCUGGAAGAAGUCGGUUAAGGAGGAUUCACUUUCCACAGGUGCAGAGGAGAAUGUGGUGUGUGAGUCGCCAGUAGAGACUGUGAGGUCUGAGGAGGUAGAAUCCACCUUACGGACUGUGGAUCUCAAUGAGGAGGAGGCCCAGCCUGAACCCACAGACGUCAACGUCAAAGAAGAAAGCAAACCCCGGCGGACCCCUCUGAUGGUGUUUCUCAGACAAAUGUCAGUGAAAGGGAAUGAAGGGAUCACCCGCUCAGAAGAAAGUAAUGGGAAAGACUUCGGCUGCCAAACGUCAAACUCUCCGGAGAAGACGCCCUCGCCCCCAGAGCCAGAGCCCGUGGGAACAGCCCAGAAAGGCAAGGAGACCUCCUCAAAGGACAAGAAAUCGGUGGACAAGAAGUCAGUGGCUGAGACCAAGCAGAAGAGCAGCAAACAGGAUGCCAGAGAACCAGCGCAGGGCGCUCAGCAGCCCACGGUGGAAUCAAACUCCCUGCAGAAUGGGGACAAGACCCCAAAGAGGUCUGAGAGGCGGCGACAGUCCCUGGGGGGCUUCCUGAAGGGCCUGGGACCAAAGCGGAUGUUGGAUGCCCAAGUGCAAACAGACCCCGUAACGAUUGGACCAGUUGGAAAAUCCAAGUAAACAAACCACCCAGUUCCCACCGGGUUCUCCCAUCCGUCUCCGAGCUGUGUAUAUAUUUGUUUUUCUCCUGGCCAGCCGGUGGAAUUCUGCCUGCCACUUCAACCUGAAUUGAUGUAGAUCAAGGUGUAUUAUCUACGUCUCCGGUCCGGUCUUUCCUGGCAGAUAAGUGUAAAAAUGGGUUAGCAGGUUAACUAGUUGAUCGAGGGGACCUGCUGAGUGCCAGGUGUGGGAGAGAGUAGGUAGUUAAAGGCAUCUGUGUUAAGUUAAGGAAAAAAAAACAAAAAAACAAAAAAAAAAAAAAACACAACAUGGCAGUAAGUUGCACAAGAAAAAUGCUUAUAAGAAAAAGAAUAUUCUGCUUUGUAGCAAGUGUAGAUUCAUCCUCUAAGCCUGAGGGGGGGAAGGAAAAAAUAUUUUUUUUUUCCAGUUUACACUUUGGGGGAGGAGGAAUCGGGGCAGGCCCUGCCCUGGGCAUCUGCCAACUUUCUAGAAUGGAAUGUGUGGGCUGUAGAGAGGAAUGGGGAAGAGUUGCUUUUCAAAUAGGGUCCUUGAAAGUGAAGGGGAGUGAUUGACUGCAAUGAUUUGGGGAACAAUUAUUUCUGAGGUGCAGGAACAAGGGCACAGAUUACCAACUCCAAAAGAAAAACAGAGGAAAAUGAACUAAAGCUGCAGGUUUAUUUUGUAACACAAGGCGGCACCAAGACCUCCGCUUUUCCCUUUGCAUCCGGCACCCCUAACAAAGACUUGUCUCUGCAAUAUUUCAUUAUUAAUGUUUCUCAGAUGGCUGAGGGACCUGCUUCAUCUGUUCCGUCUGACACUUAUCUCACGCCUGUCUGUAAUGUCCUAAUGUUUUCAUGAUGUGCUCUGAUAAAAAAAAAAAACCUUCCCCUAACCCAGUUAAUAAAAAUUGACAGAAGAUUAUGCAAAUA